GCUGGAGCUGCUAUUCCUUCUGUGGAGUAAGCACUAGAAAAAACUCAAGAGUUGUAUAAGUGAAGACUUUGGCAUGAGAUAAGGAGCAAUACAAGAGCAAGAACUAAUGAAUAAGGAAUUUAAGACGCAUACGAUGGAGCACAGGCCAAAGAAAAUGAAGAAACCUAAAGGAGGAGAAGAGAAGAAUGUGAAAGUAGAGGAUGUCAAUGCUAGGUUUAUCCUGAGCAACCCAGAUGUUGUAGAACGUGUUUACACUAUGGGAACUGAGAUAAUGAACAGGGCUAAAGUAAACUGUAUCCAGUGCAAUUGGGCAGUAAAUGUUGUAAUCUUAACGUUGGAAUGUAUCAGCGGGUGGAUGAUGAUCAAUGAUCAAACAUAUCAGAGAGUACAUUUGGUAGAGGAAAUGCAGACAGACAAAAAAGAGUCUUACCUCUGUUCUUUCCGGAGAAUGAGAACUUGGAAACCUCUGCCACUUCAAUUUAUGAGGAUACUCUUCAACUGA